UCUGCUGCCAGAUUCUCCUGUGGAUCAAACCUGCAGAUCGUCUGCAGCUCUGGGAUCGACUGAUCAUCCUGGUGGAGCUUCGUUCAGCAGCUGAGAUGCAGACGGUCGUCACCAACCUGGCGCUGCAGAAGCUGCAGUCCUACUUCGCCGUCGUGGUGAUCUUCACCUACAGCAUUCUGCUCAGGAGCGACUUUGAAUGCACCUGCAAGCGCCAGCAGUACUACUGCAUCAUCUACGCCGUCACACCUGGUCUCAUAGCAACCGUCCUGAUGCUGUGGUCCAACCGGCUGUUCCAGAGGACCUGCAGCUACCGCUCCAGGUUCAAGAGCUUCAUCUGCCGCCAGGUGCUGAAGGCGGCUCUGGUCGGCCUCCUCUGGGUGGCGUUUCUCCUCAUCGACGGCGAAUGGUGGGCCUGUUGCUCCAACAAACUCACUGAGCAGCAGGCGGCUCUGCCCUGCAAGGCCGCGGCCAACUGGGGCGACAACGACACCGAAACCAUGGCUGCCAUCAAAACCACGUCCAGGGUCAGCGGCUGCUGGCUGCUCUUCCUCAUCGUUUUCGCCGGAGCCAUGAGUUCCUGGACCCGAUGGAGGAGCGGCUGCAGCAAAGGAGCCACUCAGUACGAAGAAACGCUUUAUUACAAGCUGGUUCUGGAGGAGGAGGAGGCGGUUCUGAAGGAGGUUCUGAGGGAGUCCAUCAGAAAACAGCUGACCGAGCAGAUUAAGUCCAAAUGUAAGGAGAACUGGAAGGAAUGUUUCAACGUGGCUGAAGAGGUGAUGAAGAACCAGCCUUCAGGAAGUGAAAACGAAGCUGAAAUUCAUGAAGAUGUUUGGAAAUUCACUUUUCCUSAGGCCCAGCAGAUUUCUCUCCAGUUGGUUUCAAAGCCGGAGAAGAAAGAUGGAGCAGCUUCCCAGGAUGAGGCAGGAGGGGUCUGUGGAAACCAGAACAAUCCUCCACCAUCCGACCCGGACAAAAACGUUGAACUGGCUGAAAGAUCAGAGGAAGCGUCUCGUUUGGUGGAUAAAGAGAAAAACACGGAACCCUGAUCAAGUUGAACUUCGACUCCAGUUCAUUUCUAUAUUUCAUUUUAAYUUUACUGACCUCAGAUCUUMAAUAGAAAUAUUUUUCUGUUCCUUUGUCGUCUAUUGGUUUGUUUCUGUUUUAUUUUAGUUCAGCUCUUUAGUUUUAUUGUUUCUCAUGUUUACUUUAGAUUUUUACUCAUGUAUCUUUUUCCUCUCCUGGUUUCUAAUCAUCUGUUUCUUCUUCGCUGAUCGACUCAGUAAAUAUAAACUUUUUCUCAGUUUCUCUCUUUAAAUCUCUUCAUUUUCUGUUUCCGACUGAAAUCAUUUCAAUAACCAGAGGAAGCAUCAUGCUGAGGGACGCCGUCCAUGUGAGGACAGAUCUGUGUCCCUCUGAGCGUCCUGCAGCAGGUCAAACGUUUCUUCAACAUGUGGAAACACAGCCUGAGGUCAAAGGUCACAGGGUCCAUCCUGUGACUUUAUAGAAAAUGACCUAAAUAAAUAUUUAAAGCUCCA